AGAAAAAAAUACAAGCCAUUUCACAUUUCACCGGAAAAAAAUAAGACCAUUCACGAAUCACGAAAAUACCUUUACCAGCCUCUUCAACUGAAGCCCCACUAAGAUAACCCAGGAUGAGCGAGAAUUCCUCAAAGCCAACAGUUUUGCUCGAGCUACGUUCUUGGAAAACUGUUCGCUUCUCAAAACAGAUAAUGUCCGCGGACAAAUAUCCGGGCAUAUUUUCUAGGAAAAUGGAGACUAUUGUUUAUACACAACAGGGAAACAAGUCCACACACUAUGCAUGAAAUUUGAAUGCACGAGACUUCCAGUUUCUACAUAAAAGCGCAUUACAGGGUGUGCGAAAAUGACAGGUGUUUGAAAAGACAGAAUCCCGUUAAAUAUUUCCACUGCUAUUCAAACCAUUGUUAGUGCGGAAAUAAAUGAAAAGUUAAUUAACUUCAGUGAAGUUUAAUAAUGUGAAUCUAAUCUAGCCUUUUCGAUUUCAUCAAACAAAAGCAAGAAAACAACGAAAGCAGCAAUAACCAGCUUCAUGAGGUGUCUUGGAAGAAAACACGGUCAAAUCAACCAUGAAAUUCAACUUUCCUCGACCUUUUAAUAACACUGAAAAGAACAACUCUCACUCUGUUCAAUUUGAACUAGAUUUUGACCAAGCUAUGGCUUUCAGGAUCGCAAUCAGCGUUGUCAAUGCUUUUUUCUCCUUUACAGCGCUGUUGGGAAACGCUGCGAUUCUGCUAACGAUUUGGAGGACAUCUUCUUUACAUUCAGCGCCGAACAUCUUACUGACCAGUCUUGCUGUAUCGGACCUCGCUGUUGGCUUGCUUGUCCAGCCCUUAUUUAUAGCAUUCACUCAAAGUGGCCGAAUAUCUACUAUAGUUCUAGUUUUUAGUAUUCUGGUGUAUUUUUUCUGUUGUGCGUCUUUUUUCACGGUUACAGCGAUUUCAAUCGAUCGUUUGCUUGUCCUUCAGUUACACUUGAGAUAUCAUGAAGUAGUGACAACAUUUCGUGUCAAUGGGGUCGUUAUUUUUAUUUGGAUAUUCUCCGGUGUUAGUACGCUUGUGUUACAUUUAUCCUCAAGAAUUUACAUUGUCUCACUUGUUAUGGUUAUCAGCCUUCUUGCUGGAAACUUCGUUGUUUAUUUCAAAAUUUACCUCAUCGCUCGUCGCCAUCAAAGACAGAUUCAGCAUCAUUAUCAGCAUCAGCGACAGGCGAGCAAUGAAAACAUUGUUCGCGUAACAAGGUUUAAGAAAACUGCUCUUAACACUUUUCUCGUGUAUAUUUUACUUCUCUGUUGUUACUUGCCUUACAGUUUCGUUACUUUAUACGGUACGAUUUCUCUAAUAGUUGAUUUCACAGCAGUAACACUAGUGUUCCUUAAUUCGUCUCUAAACCCUUUAUUGUACUGUUGGCGAGAUCGCGAAAUUCGCACAGCCGUGAAACAACUGUUUUGCCGUUAAUGUAUUUUAUUUCACGUUUAGGUUUCCCUGCUUUCAAUAUAUUUGUGUCUAAUUAUUAUUAGCUAUUUUUGCCGGCCUUACGCUAUGUUUCCUUUCUACCCUGACAGUAAUUCACUAUCAGGAAAAGUUAUUUAAUUCUUAUCGACGAGAAUGAUUUGCAUUGGCUCGUUAGCGUCCGCGAUCUUUGCAUUUCUUUCACCUUUCCUUGUUGAAUAAUAGAAAUAGGUACAAGAUGUGUAACUGUGGCUGCUACUGUCUUACAUGUAAAGAGGUUAUACACAAGUUUUAUGUCGCACCAAGUUAUUUGAAUGUCUGUCUCUUUUGGCAAGUGGGAGUACUUUUAAAGUACGCUAAGAUAAUUAUUGAGUUCUAAAUACAAGACCCGAGCGCGAUAACACCUUUGUAAUUUAGAUGAAAGACGUAAAUAAUUUAAUCAUUGUUAGUGCGAAAACAAUUAAAAAGUUAAUCAACUUCAGUGAAGAUAAAUAAUGUAAAUCCAAUCUAGUUUUUCGAUUUCAUCAAAAAAAAGCAAUAAAACAGCCAAAGCAGCAGUAACUUCAUGAGGUGCCUUGAAUAAAAGAAAGGUCAAAUCAACCAUGGAAAUCAACCGUUCUCGACCUUUAAAUAACACUGAAAAGAACGACUCUCACUUUGUCCAAUUUGAACCAGAUGGAAAUUUUAACCGAGCUAUAGCUUUCGGGAUCGCAGUCUGCGUUAUUAACGCUUUCCUCUCCUUCACAGCGCUUUUGGGAAACCCUGCGAUGCUGCUAACAAUUUGGAAGACAUCUUCUUUACAUUCAGCGGCGAACAUCUUACUGACAAGUCUUGCUGUAUCGGAUUUCGCCGUUGGCUUGCUCAUCCAGCCCAUAUUUAUAGCAUUCAUUCAAAGUGGAAUAUCUACUAUAGGUCUAGUUUUUAGUAUUCUGGUGUAUUUUUUCUGCUGUGCGUCUUUUUUCACGGUUACAGCGAUUACAACGAUCGUUUGCUUGUCCUUCAGUUACACUUGAGAUAUCAUGCAGUAGUGACAACAUUUCGUGUCAAUGGGGUCGUUUUUUUUAUUUGGAUAUUCUCCGGUGUUAGUACGCUUGUGUUACAUUUAUCCUCAACAAUUUACAUUGUCUCACUUGUUAUGGUUAUCAGCCUUCUUGCUGGAAACUUCGUUGUUUAUUUUAAAAUUUACCUCAUCGCCCAUCGCCAUCAAAGACAGAUUCAGUAUCAACAUCAACAUCAGCGACAGGCGAGCAAUGAAAACAUUUUUCGCGUAACUAGGUUUAAGAAAACUGCUCUUAACACUUUUCUCGUGUAUAUUUUACUUCUCUGUUGUUACAUGCCUUACAGUUUUGUUUCUCUAUACGGUGGUUCCCCAAUAGUUGGUUUCGCAACUGUCACACUAGUGUUCCUCAAUUCGUCUCUAAACCCUUUGUUGUACUGUUGGCGAGAUCGCGAAAUUCGCACAGCCGUGAAACAACUGUUUUGCCGUUGAUGCAUUUUAUUUCAGGUUUGGACUUUCCUGCUGACAAUCUCAGUGCCUUUUGAUAUGUUUUCUUUUUACCCUGACAAUAAUUCACUGUCGGGGAAAGUUAUUUUUGAUUUCUUAUCGCGACGAUCAUGAUUUGCACGCCAAAUAAACGUCUGGAAGUUUAGCAUUUCUUUCACCUUUUUGAAUUAUUAAAAUAGGCACAAGAUGUGUAACUGUGGCUACUCCUGUCUUAUACGCAAAGAGGUGGUCCAAAAGUUUCAUGCCGCGCCGAGUCGUUUAAAUGUCUGUUUGUCUUGGCAAGUAUUAGUACUUUUAACGUAAGCUAAGAGAAUUAUUGAUUUCUAAAUACAAGACCCGAGCGCGUUGACACCAUUGUAAUUCAGAUAAAAGAUCUAAACAGUCAAGAACCGCUAAACGCGGGAAGUGUAAGUUAUAAUUUGUAAUGGCAAUGAAUAAAAUUGUAAACUGUAAAUAUGCACUGCAUUCAUAAAAAGUCAGUUCUUACACCGUUCAAUCAGUGACUAUAUAUAUUGCUCCGGAUAUACUGACGGAUGUUCUGUCAGGAAGCAAAUUAACUUGGAAGAAAGAUAAUUAAUCUUAUGUGAAAUCAGAAUAAGGUAAAGAGGGAACUUAUGAAAAUGUUAAUAGUUUUGAAUAAAUACCUAGAACUGCUUUCCCGUCUAGUAUAUUCUCUUUUAAUGAAUGUUGAUGUUAUUUCUUUUGAUUAGUGGACAAUUUAUAACACCCAUGCAUGUAAUAUGUAAUAUAAUGUUUAACAGUGGGAUUCCCAUCAUAUGAGAAAGGAAAAUGACAAGCUGGUGUACAUGCGCUGCACAAAAUCUCAAAAGAACACUUAUUUUCUGAAAAGGUAAAUAUUUCAUCUCCCAUUGACAUCCUGUUGUUGGCAAUUAUGAAAUAAAUUACUAAUAAUAUAAAACUUUAUUAAAAAGUUCAAGAGGACAGCAACUAACUUAGCAAUCUGAUCAGUUCUUUGAAUGCAAGAAAGCCCG